UAUAUAUGUAUGGGUUAAGUUUCUCUCCCAUCUCCCCUCUAUAUAUAGCUUCUUGAAGAUGGCAGCUUAGCUUUCAUGGAUUCAAUCUCUAGCUUACAGAUUUUGGAAAUGAGAGGCUUCGGGAAAAUAAUGUUUUUUAAACAAGAAUUUAUGUGCGUGAUACAAAGAGUAUUCUCGACCCUUUCGAGGACCGGAGGACAAAUUUCCUCGGCCAGCAUCAUGGCGAAUCGAGGAGACGAAUUUUUAUCACCUCUUGCGAUUAGCUUCGACGGCGAAGAAGAGAGAGAGCCGGAGAGGUUGCCCGUUGGUUUCAAGUUUCGCCCUACCGACGAAGAGCUCAUACAGCAUUAUCUCAGGCCUAAGGUUCUCAGCGGUGAACUCCCCUGCGAAGGCGUCAUCGUGGAUGUCAACGUGUAUAAUUAUAACCCAACACGGCUUACAGAGAUAUAUGCAGAUAAAGAGCAGGAGAAGAGUUGGUAUUUUUUUACGUCGAGGAAUAGGAAGUAUGAGAAAGGGAGUAGGCCAGACCGAGCAGCGUCUGGGGGAUUUUGGAAGGCCACUGCAGCAGAUAUAGCGAUCGAGAAAAAGGAAGGGGAUCGAAAGAUAAAAAUGGGGGAUAAGACAGCUUUGGGGUUUUGGGAGACUAAGAAAAGUAGAGUCAGGAGUAUUGAUCGAGGGGCGAAGACGGAGUGGUUGAUGUACGAGUAUAAGAUCGAGGAGUCGAAGCAGCCUAUCAAGAACGGCCACAUGCUGUUGGAUGACUAUGUCCUGAGCAAAAUAUACCGCAGCUGCCGUAAAGGCUGGAAGAAAGCUGCACCUGUCGCAGUUAAUCCGGAUAACCUGCAGGAACAAAUCCAACAGCCAAACAAAAGAGCUCGUCAUCAACCUGAACCUGAAAGUAAACCUGAACCCAAUUUCGACCCGACCCAAAUCCAGCCUGAACCAGACGACCCCUUUCUUCGGAACGCCGAAACAGUACAGGACGAGAAUGCCUACAUGUUUCAAAACCAAUCGUUGCAAACUGCAUUGUGGAACCCGAACCAACCACCUGAUCCGCUCGAUCACAAUUUUGCUUCUAUUAGUGACGACAAUUUCUUUCUGGACCUCCCAGAUUUUGAUUUUCCCUUAGAUUUUGAUCAACAUGAACCCGCCAAUUAUCAACCAAACUCUCCUUCACCCCAAGGCCGCAACGGAGGAAGCACAAUUCAGCCUGGCAUGGCUAACUUCAACGUGGGCGUUCACGGUCAGGACUAUCAGCAGCUGCAGAUCAAUAACUACGGCGUUGCCAACUUCAAUAUCGGCGUUCACGGUCAGAACUCCCAGCAGCUGCAGUAUAACUACGGCGACAUUCAUUCGCCUGCCCAAUUUCUCGCCAGUACAAAUUCCCAGCCUGCAGGAUUAUUGGGGUAUAAUAAUUUUGAUGCAGGAUACAAUGGUAUGGAACAGCGCUUUAACAGGCCGCUGCUUGAGCCUGGAUCCUCUUCGCAGAACAACAUAUCAACGGGAAGCUCUCGGUUCGACCCUGGCUUUCUCGUGGCAUGCUUGGACCAGAAAAGAUUUUAGAGGCCUCUGCUUUGAAGGAGAUGGAUAGGCGCCGAUUCAUUAAUUGGUCUUUUAGAUUAUGUACCUAGUGAAGUAUAUCUAUUAGGUAUAAAUUGUCAGGAGGAACCAUCUUGAAACUUGAUAGAUUUUUUUUUUUUUUUAAUUUAUUUGAGGUUCUAAUUCGCUUAUAUUGGAUGAUCCUUAAUGUUUGAGGUUCUUAUUCUGUGUGUCCAUGCUUUGAGGAGAUUAUUAACGGUUGAUUGCAA